AUGGAGAAGUAUUUUCUGGAUGAUGUUCGCAGUAAUAAAGAGAUUAAUUUCCUUGACCUGAAGCAAAGAAAUAUGAUUGUUUUUUAUUAUGCAGCGAAGUUUGAAGAGUUUGUGAGGUUUUAUCCUCACUAUAAUGGCGUGGAAGUUGAAGGAUUGAAGUGCAUAAAGUUUAAGAGUAACUUACGUCCUAAAAUCAAGGUAUAUGAUGAAGAUAACAAGACCAUAUUUGUUCACUGCAAGAGUGGUAGUGACAAGAAAAGUGGGAGUCGGUAUCGUGGCAAACUUUAUAUGAUUCCAACUGAUAAGGGAAAACAAAAUGUGGGUCGUCACGCUGCUAAGUGCAAGAGUGCAGGCUUGAAGUGUUUCAAGUGUGAGAAACAAGGUCAUCAUUUUACUGAGUGUAAGAGUAAUGUCCCGACUUACUACAACUGUGGGGAAGCGGGUCAUAUUAGUACCUUGUGUCAAAAAUCGUGGAAGGAGUCAACUGUUGUUCAAGCUCAUGGUAUAGUGUUUUCGUUGAAUGGUGUGGAUGUCUCGAGAUCAGAUAAUUUGAUUUGA